AUGUUUGAUGAAAAAGAUCAAGAGCACCGGUGUGAAAAAGUUACAAAGCAAUUUAACAGGAAAAUGCACGGCAUUCUCGGCUCAGUGUGGCCCAAAAUUAAUCUACCGCCAUUCCUCAAGGUCAAAGAGGAAAGAUUUUAUGUCUACUGCCUAUACUGUGUGGGAUUUUUGGUAAGAGAUCAGAUGUACAGUAUUAGUCUGUGAAGGAAGCUUUUGUUGAUCAACACACGUGUGAUUUUGACCCAUGCUCUUUUUGGUUACCAUAACAGGAUCUAUUUGCUGUUAGUUGUCUGAUACCAUUACUAACCCACCGAGCCAGGGAAUUAGGAGCAUCGCCGUCACUUGUUGCCCUUAUCGGUUGGUAACUUUAGUAUCUAAAUAGUAUUAAAAAAAACCAGCUAGCUCUAAUUUCUAUAUCAGAUCAGAGAACAUACGUGUAACAACACAGAAGUUUAUGGUGAUAAUGAGGUCAAAUUAUUUGCCUGUAUAUAUCUGUAAGAUCCUUUUGACCUGCCUUUUUAAGGCUAAUGGGAACAAAAAACUAAAUUCACUGUCUACACUACUGAAACUAGUUUAUGGGAUAAUAUAUAUAUAUAGAACUCCAUGUGAAGGUUCUUUCAAUUUAUUUGUAACUGCUACCACCCCACUGCCCCCCCUGUUAUCUAUAAAAUGAAGAGAAGUGACUGUAGAACUCAUAGACUUAAUAUCUACACUGUAUCUGUGCAGAGUGUACUGUGCCAUUUUGAGCCUUGGCAUUUUCACAGACUAGUUUAUUCUAGACGGGGUUGAAAGCCCUGUCUCCCAUAAAAAUGCUGAACUAUUGAUCACUAGUUGCAUUUGCACUGGUAUGGUUAAAUGUCAUUAAAAAUGUAAGAAAACUAUUUUGUGAACUGUUUUUUGCUAACUGGUUGCAUGUGGGAUUUAUGCGAUAAUUGUUAUUUGUAGGAAAAUUGAUCGAGAAAUAAUGCAUCAGUCAAUUCAAUAAUGCAUCAGUCAAUUCCAGCUGUACCCAAUAGCUUUGCCAUGGAUGAACAAAUAAUAAUAAAUUAAUGAUGAAAAAAUUUUUUUGACAGGUUCUGUCUAUGGUGGUCUUCAGUUUUUUUCCAGUCCUAUCAUGGUGAGAAUAAAUUUUAAAAUAUUCAAUUUUUACUUAGCGAGAAUAUGAAAGUCCCCUAUUUUAAAAAAAAUCCCACACAAAUUUUCAGUUGAAAGUUUAUUUAACAAAAAAAUUUAAAGAGAGAUGGCAUGGAGCUGUUGAUUGUCAAAUUUAAACUUGUGACAACUUUGUGUCAACUCAGUAUGGGUAGCUGACUUGCCAGCUUGUAACUUCUUCUUCAAAAUCACAAGCUAGAGGCUUAGUAGACAGGUAGAGCCUAAAAAUCUAUCCAAUAAAACUAAUCUCCACCAGUAAAUGUUAAGUGUCUCUGUCUUAACUAUAAAUUAGCAUUGCUGCUUAUCACAAUAAUUAUUAGCCUUUUCUUGUGCUUACAAUGUAUUACUCAUUGCUCCCUGAUGAUGCUGUUGAUCAGCAAAAGCGAGGCCGAUUUUAAUUCUAAUUUUUAAUUACAGUAGUUAAAGGCCUCUCUCAAACAAUACUUAAAAGCUCAAUUUUGUAUAUUCCAUCAGGGCAAGCUCAGCGAUGUUUUUGGAAGAAAGCAGCUUCUUUUGGUGAGCCUCCUGGGCACCGCAAUGGGUUAUUAUAUGACUUCUCUUCCAACAUCUUUAAUUUUCCUGGCACUCAGUAGGAUUCCUGCAGGUACGUACUGUAUGUAUGUGAACUCACAGACGGUUUAACUUGCAGGUGUACAGCUAGCCAGGUGUCAGACCUACCUGCUGUAACUCAACCUUAACACCUUUCAAGUUGCAACUUAAAAAGUUGCUUCUGCAAAUUAGACCUUUAGUGAACAUGAACAAUGUUUAUUGUGAUGCAAAAGGCGAAUAAUAAAAGAAAAAAAAAAGAAAUGAAGAUUAAAUUCAUCGAGAUAUCCCAACACAGACAUGCUGCUGUACUGCAGUGUUAAAAACAUUACAGAAAAUUUACUAGGAAUUUUUUGCAAAGAGAGGUUCAUUAUGCUUAAUACUGCACGUAUAUGAAUAUUUACUGUGACCUUCCCACAAUUUGAGGCUUGAAAAUGUGCUUAAUCCUUCUUGAAAUUUUACUCUCCUUGUUUCAAACUCAUUGUACUGAGACUAUGUAUGAGUAUCGAUGAAUUGAAGCCGCGGGACCAUUACUGUGGAUGAAACAAUGAAUGUAGGGAUUAUAUAGCGACGAUGACAUUACCAUGCAAUCGAGUUUGACAAUGUUAGUCGUGCAAUGAUUAUGAUAGCAAAGUUUGCUGCAUGUUAAAAGUUUUUGUUUUGCAUAUUAAACCUAUUGCUCACUUUUUAUUUUCUUGUUUCCUUCUUUGUCAUGUUGGUUGCUGCACAAAAAUUUCUUGAUAUGCAACAAUAUCGUUGAAAAAAAACCGAUUUGUUGAGAAAUGCACGACGUCCCUCGAUUACUGGUCUCCCUUGAAUAGACACCCCCCUUUGAUGGAAAUGUUUAUAAUAAUCGCCCCCCCCCCAACCCUCUCGCCAUCUUCUCUUUCUUUUAUCCGCUCAGCCUCCUUGUCGACUUGAAGUGGAAUCUGAUCCAGCAAAAUGGAUCAGUGAUGAUUCAAGCUCUGAAAAUUAAUCAAGGAACAAAAUUUGGAACACUUAAAAAGCCCAUGUUCAGUUUAUUUUAUAUGAUAAUUAUUUGAUUUAAUGGGAUAAUGAUACAUAAUAUUUAAGGCACAACUUCCAGUGAGCAAUAAUUGAAAUAAUCGCCUCUCUUGAAUAAUCGCCUCUCUUGAAUAAUCGCCUUCCCCCAAAUAAUCACCCCCGACUAUUAAUCGAGGAAAUACUGUACCCAUAGAGAAAGCUCAUUAUUGCCACACCCCAAAACAAUUGCAAAGGAAAAUAAAUUUCAACCAAUGGCACAAACUGAAACAUACAUGUAGCAUUUUGUACAUGUAUGCACUUGUGGCUUUACAUCAUCUGUAAUUUGUACUCCAGGGGAAACAAUACUGAAAAAUCCUUAAUAACAGGUGUGCAAUAUUUAAAAACCUGACUCCUGAUCUUGUUGUGAUUUAUACAAUGCAAAUUUGAAGGGGAACAUAGCACUCAAAAUUCCAGGGUCACCUAAUUUUUUUGAUAUCUCUUUAUUUUUUCACAGGAAUUUUCAAGCACAGUCAGAGUGUUGCCAAGACAUAUCUAGCUGAUAUUUCAGAACCUGUUGAUCACCCCAAAGUGUUUGGUAAUUUCAAUGCUUUUUCUAACCUUGGCUUUGUGAUUGGUCCUUUGAUUGGUGGUCACUUAGCGAUGCAAUCAAAUGGCUUUUUCAAGGUGGCUUACGUGGCUGCUACAAUUUUUAUUGUAAAUUUUUUCUUUGUGUGGUUUUUUGUGAAACAAGUUGAAGAAAUUACAGCUUACCACACUCACAACUCAAGACAAGAAAUAGUCCUUAACAGAGGUGAUGCUGAGGAAACUGAAAAUAAAAGAGAUGAUCGUCCAACAGACAGAGAAUCUGUUCAAGAUAAUCUUGGAAAUGUGUCAAACGGAGAUGCAAAAAGAACUACUGAGGAAGUCAGUAGUAUUAGUAAACUUGCAUCAGUCAGUUCCAUAAUGGACUUGUUGGUCCUUCGCUUUCUUAUGGGAUUUUCAAUGCUAGUGUUCCGCAGCAAUUUCAUGUCCAUGUUAGAAUUUCACUUUAAUACCAGCCCAAAAACAAAUGGCUACAUAAUGUCAUAUAAUGCCUUAGUUAGUGGCUUUUCUGGGAUUCUAAUGGGUUCUAUCGCAGACUUCUACAAUCACAACGAUUCAAAAAUGCUUCUUCACUUCUCAUGUCUCAUCACGGUAUCAAUCCUUGGCAUAACAUUUUCUCCAAGUAUUUACUUUGUAGCAGCCUUUAUCACCCCACUUGCAGUAUCAAGUGCCGUGUCUAGGGUCUGCUUGACAAACCUAACUUUCCGCCGAUCACGAAAAGAUGAGAAAGGAGUGAUCUUAGGAGUGGGCAACUCAUUACUGUCCUUAGCACGCAUGAUUUCACCUGCCUUAGGUGGGUUUGUUCAGGAAAUUAGUGCGUAUGCACCAGGUAGUAUUGGUGCUACCAUAGCUGCAACUGGUGUUUUAAUCAUGAUACUUUAUCCUACCGACAGAUAUCCAACAAAAGCCGACAGAGAGAAAAAAAAUGACUGA